CGCGAUUCUUUCGGGCAGUGUCGAUACGAUCGCCGUACUCGUUCGAGCAUCAACGCGCACCACGACAGUCAGCACACGAGGGAGUUGAUUAUCGCACGGCGGCGUGAAGAGAAGCCAGAGAGCGAGAGAAAAAAAGAGAGAGAGAGAGAGAGAGAGAGAGAGAGAGAGAGAGAGAGAGAGAGAGAGAGAGAGAGGAAGAGCACGAGAGAGAAAAGUAGUAGUGACGAUCAGUUGCGAGGAGUUGGAGUAAACCGGCUCCAUUUGGUGUUCCACCCUCACCGUCGACCCACAAACCCAGCAGAAAUUCACGUCAACAUGUUCAGGCUCGCGAUAUUCAGCGCGCUCUUGGUGGUAUCCUCCGUCCUUGCUGCACCGGCGACACAGGACGAGGAGGCGUCGGCGGCGGCGGCGGUGGUGCCACCCUCGAUCCUCGAGGAAGCCCUCGACGUGUACGCUUCCUGUUCCGGGGAAUCAAGCGUUGCGGUGUGUCUGAAGCUGAAGGCCCUGCGCUACGUCGAUCACGCCGCUCGCUCGGCCGACAUCGACAUCAUCGACGGAUUCAAGAUCGUGCAGACCGAGGAGGCAAAGAACAGCCGCGCUGACAACGCGAGGUCUCUCAACGACAUCGAAAGUACCUUACCAGCCGAGACCGAAGCCAAAGAAGCCGCGAUCGAUCAGGCGCUCGUAGACAGAGCCGCUAAAUUCUUGUCCACGCACACCGUCGAACUGAGCCUGCCCGAAGACGUCUCUCGCUCCUUCGACGAAGCCCGUGGCAAGAAGAAGAGGAUCGUCAAGUCCCUGUUGCCCCUUCUUCUUCUCCUGAAACUGAAGGCCGCCGCCCUUAUCCCGAUCGCUCUCGGCGCCCUGGCGUUGAUCGCCUUCAAGGCCCUCGUGAUCGGCAAGAUCGCCCUCAUCAUUAGCUUGAUCGUCGGUCUGCAGAAGCUGCUCGCCAACAAACACCACAGCUACGACAUCGUCGCUCACCCCGUCCACUCGUACGGCCACGACGAGCACGUCCACCACGACCAUCACGGCUGGGCAAGGUCCGGCGCGGAUCUCGCGUACAAAGCGUACAAGCCCGCUGAAUGAAGCUCAACGCCCCUCGUACACAGCUCCCCUACCCUUAACUCUCUACCUUCAUUCGCCAAAGUGAUCGUCUCUAACCCCGGCGGUCACACCUGAGGGUGGCGUGAUCCAGCUUCUCAGGGAUCCGCGGACGACAAACUGCCCAGCUCUCUGCCGAGGACCACUCCGCGACGCCUCCACCGACGCGACGACGAGCCAGGUGUUUCGGCGAACGCGACCCUGCACGACGAGGACUUUGUCACUGGAUCCUGUGCGCGCGAGUCGAAUUUUCAUCGCGACACACGACGACGACGACGAGGACGAUGGUAGACGCCACGACGAAGACGGGGACGUCGUACGUCCCCGGCAAAUCCGUUUAAGCCGACGAAGCUCAUCGACCACGACGAUAACAGCAAUGACGACGACAAUGACGACAACGACGGUGACGGUGACGGUGACGAGGACGAGGACGAGGACUGUAGCCGUAAGAUUAACGAGAAUCUCCAAGCUCUCCCGGAACGGAGACCUGUCACAGCGGUAGAGGUCGCGCCCCUUCGAUCAUUCUCGCGCGGUAUCCUUUCAGAGUCCUCCGCGAGACUAAUCCGCGCGCGGAGUGACUCGUAGUCAGUGCUCGCGCGAGACCACCAGAUUUAAUCCAAUGAUUAUUUAUAUAUCGACCACCCCUGCCGGGAUCACAUCAUGUAACUUAUCGUAUUAUUUAUAAAUAAAUUGUAAUUUUAUACAAUACAUAUGUACGCCGACAAGAAUCUAC